AUGUCAAAAGGCUCAUUGUCCGUUGGCUCCUUCGUAGCAGGAGACUAUGUGGUUUUUGCCCUCAUGCUGGUGGUCUCAGCCGCUGUUGGGGUCUAUUAUGCUUGGGCAGACAGGGACCGGAGGAGCUCCCGGGAUUUCUUAAUGGGUGGCCGCAGUCUGACGGCCGUCCCCGUGUCCCUGUCCCUCACGGCCAGCUUCAUGUCAGCCAUCACCGUGCUGGCCAACCCAGCCGAGGUGUACCGCUACGGGGCUAGCUUUGGGCUUGUUGGGUUCUCCUACGUUAUCACGGUGAUGGUCACAUCUGAAGUCUUUCUACCCAUCUUCUACAGGCUGGCAAUCACCAGCACCUACGAGUAUCUGGAACUGCGCUUCAAUAGAGCAACACGGCUGCUGGGAACUCUGCUCUUCAUUGUUCAAACUGUUUUGUACACAGGAAUAGUCAUCUAUGCCCCAGCCCUGGCUUUAAACCAAGUAACCGGCGUGGAUCUGUGGGGUGCAGUCAUCUCAACGGGGGUGGUCUGUACUUUCUACUGCACCAUGGGUGGUCUGAAGGCAGUGGUGUGGACCGACGUGUUCCAGGUGUGCAUCAUGGUUGCAGGCUUCCUGUCUGUGAUCAUCAGGUCUGUGCUGCUGCAAGGGGGAGUCUCCACCAUCAUGUCCGACUCCCAGCGCGGAGGGAGGCUCAACUUCUGGGACUUCGACAUGAAUCCCCUGAGAAGACACACCUUUUGGACCCUAACCAUUGGAGGGACGUCCGUCUGGGUCGGCGUCUACGGGAUCAAUCAGGCCCAGGUUCAGAGAUACAUGGCCUGCAAGAGCAUCACUCAUGCUAGACUUUCUCUGUACCUAAACCUGUUAGGCCUUUGGGCCAUGCUGCUGUGUGCUGUGUUGGCUGGCCUGUGUCUCUAUUCUGUCUAUAAGAGCUGUGACCCUUGGACAGCUGGACUGGUGUCUGCCCCCGAUCAGCUGAUGCCAUACUUGGUGAUGGACAUCCUGAGAGACUAUCCAGGCGUUCCUGGGCUGUUUGUGGCAGCUGCAUAUAGCGGCUCUCUGAGCACAGUGUCAUCCAGCAUCAACGCCUUGGCUGCGGUGACAGUAGAAGACCUGAUCAAACCACAUGUCCGGUUGUCUGAGAGGCACCUGUCCUGGACCUCCAAAGGACUCAGUCUCUUAUACGGGGCUUUGUGCAUCGGAAUGGCUGGACUGGCCUCACUCAUGGGAGGCGUGUUGCAGGCAGCCAUCACUAUUUUUGGGAUCAUUGGCGGUCCUUUACUUGGCCUUUUCUCAUUGGGCAUUCUCUGUCCGUUUGCCAACUCCACUGGAGCUUUGGCAGGUUUGGUGUCUGGCUUGCUUGUGUCUCUAUGGGUGGGGAUCGGGGCUCAGAUCUACCCUCCUCCACCGGAGAUGAGCAGGCCUCUGGCGCUGACCACCCUGGGCUGCAACUUCACCACCGCGGCAGACAGCAUCAACUGGACCACCACUGCCCUGCCAACAGAGUCCAGCUUUGUCACCAUUAUCCCAGAAAAAGACAUACAGGGCAGGUCGUUCUUGGCAGAUUACUGGUACUCUCUGUCCUACCUCUACUUCAGUACUAUUGGAACCAUAACAGCGAUUACUGUUGGACUGAUAGUCAGCCUGUUCUCAGGGGGCAUGAAGAUGAAGUUGGAGUCAAGGCUUACAUUAAUGAAAGAAGACAUGUCUUCCUAUUACUUCUUCAUGUUUCUCAAAGAAAAAGUCAUCAGACGAACAGGGAAGCUUGACUUCACACAAAGUGAGGAGAGGUUUGGCAACAGCAACCCUGCUUUCUGUGAUGUUGAGCUGGACUUGACCAAAAGCAAUGUUCCAACCUGA